AUGAUUGGUAGCCUGUUAUAUCUGAUAGCCAACAGACCAGAUAUUACAUUUACAGUUGGAGUGUGUGCCAGAUAUCAAACAGAGCCAAAGGCAAGUCACUUAAAUCAAGUCAAGAGAAUUCUUAAAUGUGUAAAUGGGACUUCAGACUAUGGCAUACUGUACACCAACGGAAGUAACCCUGUCUUGACUGGAUACUGUGAUGCUGACUGGGCUAGAAGUGCUGAUGACAGAAAAAGCACAUCUGGAGGAUGUUUCUUUCUAGGUAGCAACCUUAUAUCGUGGUUCAGCGAGAAACAAAAUUGUGUCUCCUUAUCUACUACUGAAGCAGAGUACAUAGCAGCUGGUAGUAGUUGUUCACAAUUGGUCUAG